AUUAAAAUGAUUCUUGUUUUUCUUUUAAUGUUUUUCGUCAGGCACCUUGUGGGCAAGCCUCAUUUGAGAGAAACAUUUGGGGUCCUUUUACUUCACGUGCGCGUGGUGGUGUGAAGCAAGCAUGCCUAAGUCGAAGAGGGACAAGAAAAUUUCUUUAACCAAAACAGCCAAGAAGGGACUCGAGUCCAAACAGAAACUAAUAGAGGAGUUACGGAAAUGUGUCGACACCUACAAAUAUUUGUUCAUCUUCUCUGUGGCUAACAUGAGGAAUAACAAACUGAAAGACAUCAGGACAGCCUGGAAACACAGCAGAUUCUUCUUUGGAAAAAACAAAGUAAUGAUGGUUGCCAUCGGGAAAGGAGAAACAGACGAAUACAGGGACAACUUAUGUCAGGUCAGCAAGCAUCUUCGGGGCGAAGUGGGAGUGCUUUUUACCAAUAAAACCAAGGAGGAGGUGCAAGAGUAUUUCGGACAUUACAGAGAGAUGGAUUAUGCGCGGUCAGGAAAUCCGGCUCAGAUGGACGUGACUCUGGACGAGGGUCCUUUGGAGCAGUUCCCUCACUCCAUGGAGCCUCAGCUAAGGCAGCUUGGCCUCCCCACUACGCUCAAGAAGGGUGUUGUGACGCUACUAAGGGACCACACGGUCUGCAAAUGUGGCGAUGUCCUCACCCCCGAACAGGCUCGAAUUCUGAAACUGUUGGGUGUCGAGAUGGCAGAGUUCAAAGUGAAGAUCAAAUGCAUGUGGAGCUCUGAAACGGGCGCAUUUGAGAUCUUGGAGGGGGAGGAAGAGCCCAUGCAGGACGACAAAGAAGAUGAGGAGGAUGAUUGACCGGAAAUGAUGAUUGUGCAGGUUUUUUUGUUUUGUAAUCUUGUUUUUAUUCUUAAACGUCACAUCACGAUUGAGAAAACAUAUGCAACAUCUUUUUUUUCAUCAUCCCAAAAACGUAUUCUCCAACUUGACAUUUUAGAUACGGACUGAAAUGUUGCUUACGAGUACUUGUUAAUUUGGAGAACAGGUUAGAAUUAUUUUCAUGUAAAAUCUGAUGAAAUAUGAAAAUGAAGCGUCAUCUAUUUUACAAAA